AUGUCGUACCCCGUUGUUGUCAUCGACAAUGGCACUGGGUACACCAAGAUGGGCUACGCUGGGAACGAGGAGCCAACGUACAUUAUCCCCUCCCUCUACGCCGACAAUGAGACGGUGAGGCGUCGCUCAAACGACGUUUUUGACGAUCUUGACUUUUACAUUGGUGAAGAGGCCGCCGCGCGUGCGAGCUCAUGCACGCUAUCGUACCCUAUCAAGCAUGGCAUUGUAGAGGACUGGGACAAGAUGGAACGCAUUUGGCAGCACUGCAUCUACAAGUACCUCCGUGUGGAACCGGAGGAGCACGGCUUUAUUCUCACAGAACCACCGGCAAACCCACCGGAGAAUCGUGAGUACACGGCAGAGGUAAUGUUUGAAACAUUUGGUGUGAAGCAACUGCAUAUUGCUGUGCAAGGAGCCCUUGCAUUACGGGCGUCGUGGACAUCCGGGAAGGCAAAAGAACUCGGUGUUGCCGGAAAAGACACCGGCCUCGUGAUUGACUCGGGCGCAGGCGUAACACACGUCAUACCUAUCGUGGACGGUUUUGUGCUGAACCAAGCCAUUCAACACAUCCCGCUUGCGGGUCGCGAUAUUACAAACUUUAUCCUUGAGCGACUGCGGGAACGAGGUGAGCCGGUGCCACCAGAUGAUGCGUUAUUGCUGGCGCAGCGCAUCAAGGAGCAGUACUGUUAUAUAGCUCGCGACAUUGCCAGAGAGUUUGACACGUAUGACCGGAAUCUUCCUGACCACAUUACCAAACAUUGUGACGUGAACAGCAAGACAGGGCAGCCGUAUGCAGUAGAUGUUGGCUACGAAAAGUUCUUGGGCCCCGAGGUGUUUUUUCAUCCGGAGAUAUUUAGCGGCGAAUGGACCAUGCCAUUGCCGGAGGUGGUUGACAGGGCAGUGUGGUCGUGCCCCAUUGACUGCCGACGCCCGCUCUACCGAAACAUUGUGCUUUCAGGCGGAACAACAAUGUUCCCAAAGUUUGACAAACGCCUGCAGAAGGAUCUACGCGUCAUUGUUGACCGACGUGCAAAGAAAAACAUGGAGGCCUCCAAAGACCCUAAUCGGCAGAUCACAUACGAUGUCAACGUUGUGUCGCACGACCGACAACGUUACGCUGUGUGGUACGGCGGUAGCAUGCUGGGGUCGAGCCCAGAGUUCAGUACAUUGGCCAAGACGAAGGAACAAUACGAGGAGUAUGGCCCGUAUAUUUGCCGGCAGAACAAUAUGUUUCACUCCGUUUUUGACUAA